UCGUGGAAUAAGUUUUAUUUUCUGUUCCCGGAAGAAGGAAAAGGGAGGAAGACCACCAGAGAAAGAGAGAGAAGAGGAAAAGAAAAACGGAUGACAGAGAUGCGGAAAGAAGACACGGUCAAGCUUAUCAGCGCCGAGGGGUUCGAGUUCGUGAUCAACAAGGAAGCCGCCAUGGUUUCGCAGACAAUUCGCAACAUGCUCACCUCUCCAGGGAGUUUUGCUGAGGCACAACAUGGGGAGGUGACUUUCCCCGAGAUAAGCACCACGAUUCUGGAGAAAAUCUGCCAGUAUUUCCACUGGUCUCUUCAGUAUGCUAGUGGCAAGGAAACCGAGUUCCCAAUUGAACCUGAACUGACUCUGGAGCUUAUGAUGGCUGCUAAUUACCUGCACACAUAAUUAGAUUGGUUACCUUACUUUUUUGGUGGCCAGUCUUUUAUAACGGAUCCUGGAUAUGCGGAUGCUUGACAGGAAGUUUUAGGGCUGCGCUUGGUAUGUGGAAUUGCCAGUUAGGUGCUGCCUGUGUUUUACUAAGCAAACUUGUAAAAUCUUCGAUUUAACCAAAGAACAAGUUGGGACUGAAGCUAGCAAAAUGAAUGUGGCCGUUAAAAUAUGUACAUUUUCUGUUGUAAACUAACCAGUUGUUGUUAAAUGUUCUCCAACCAUCCAACCAUUACUUUCUUCUGUCCAUUUAUUCGGUAUUACUAAAGUAGACUUUGCCUAUUAUAUUGAGUCGUCCGUAGAGAACUACCAAGGUACAAGAGUGUAUGUGCAUCCUGCCAAGUAUGAGAAAUAAAGCCCGCUACGGAGGACUGUGGCAUUAUGAGAACAAUA